UGCGUAAAGGCGUUGGGGGCGGAAGUGACGGGAAGGUAGUAGUGGGGUAGUUGGCGGGUGGUUGAGUAGGACCGGUCGCCAUGUCCGCGGGGAGCGCGACACAUCCUGGAGCUGGCGGACGCCGCAGCAAAUGGGACCAACCCGCUCCAGCCCCCCUACUCUUCCUCCCGCCGGCUCCCCCAGGUGCCGAGGUCACUAGCAGUGGGGGAAGCCCUGGGAGCUCCACAGCUGCUCCCUCAGGGGCCUUGGAUGCGGCCGCCGCUGUGGCUGCCAAGAUCAAUGCCAUGCUCAUGGCCAAAGGGAAGCUGAAGCCAACUCAGAAUGCUGCCGAGAAGCUUCAGGCCCCUGGCAAAGGCCUAACAAGCAGUAAAAGCAAGGAUGACCUGGUGGUGGCUGAAGUAGAAAUCAACGAUGUGCCUCUCACGUGUCGGAACUUGCUGACUCGAGGACAGACUCAAGACGAGAUCAGCCGACUUAGUGGAGCUGCAGUAUCAACUCGAGGAAGGUUCAUGACAACUGAGGAGAAGGCCAAAGUAGGACCAGGGGAUCGUCCAUUAUAUCUUCAUGUUCAGGGCCAGACACGAGAGUUGGUAGACAGAGCAGUAAACCGGAUCAAAGAAAUUAUCACCAAUGGGGUAGUGAAAGCUGCCACUGGGACAAGUCCAACUUUUAAUGGUGCGACAGUCACUGUUUAUCACCAGCCAGCACCCAUUGCUCAGCUGUCGCCAGCUGUUAGCCAGAAGCCUCCCUUCCAGUCAGGGAUGCAUUAUGUUCAAGAUAAAUUAUUUGUGGGCCUUGAACAUGCUGUGCCCACUUUCAAUGUCAAGGAGAAGGUGGAAGGUCCAGGCUGCUCCUACUUGCAGCAUAUUCAGAUCGAAACAGGUGCCAAAGUCUUCCUGCGGGGCAAAGGCUCAGGCUGCAUUGAGCCAGCAUCUGGCCGAGAAGCUUUUGAGCCUAUGUACAUUUACAUCAGUCAUCCCAAACCAGAAGGCCUGGCUGCUGCCAAGAAACUCUGUGAAAACCUCUUGCAAACAGUUCAUGCUGAAUAUUCUAGAUUUGUGAAUCAGAUUAACACUGCUGUACCUUUACCAGGCUAUACACAACCCUCUGCUAUAAGUAGUGUCCCUCCUCAACCACCAUAUUAUCCAUCCAAUGGCUAUCAGUCUGGUUACCCUGUUGUUCCCCCUCCUCAGCAGCCAGUUCAACCUCCCUAUGGAGUACCAAGCAUAGUGCCACCAGCUGUUUCAUUGGCACCUGGAGUCUUGCCAGCAUUACCUACUGGAGUCCCACCUGUGCCAACACAAUACCCGAUAACACAAGUGCAUCCUCCAGCUAGCACUGGACAGAGUCCCAUGAGUGCUCCUUUUAUUCCUGCGGCUCCUGUCAAAACUGCCUUGCCUGCUGGCCCCCAGCCCCAGCCCCAGCCCCCACUCCCAACUCAGCCCCAGGCACAGAAGAGGCGAUUCACAGAGGAGCUACCAGAUGAACGGGAAUCUGGACUUCUUGGAUAUCAGCAUGGACCCAUUCAUAUGACUAAUUUAGGUACAGGCUUCUCCAGUCAGAAUGAGAUUGAAGGUGCAGGAUCGAAGCCGGCAAGUUCCUCAGGCAAAGAGCGAGAGAGGGACAGGCAGUUGAUGCCUCCACCAUCCUUUCCGGUGACUGGAUUAAAAACAGAGUCUGAUGAAAGGACUGGGUCUGGGACCUUAACAGGGAGCCAUGAUUAUCCAGCCAAGAAGAUGAAAACUACGGAGAAGGGAUUUGGCUUGGUGGCUUAUGCCGCAGAUUCAUCUGAUGAAGAGGAGGAGCAUGGAGGUCAUAAAAAUGCAAGUAGUUUUCCACAGGGCUGGAGUUUGGGAUAUCAAUACCCUUCAUCACAACCGCGAGCUAAGCAACAGAUGCCAUUCUGGAUGGCCCCAUAGGAAACAGUGGAAAAGAAUUUUGACCCUCGGUGACUCUUCUUAGCAAUAAUGCAUGCAUUUGAUUUAACAAGACUCUGGGGCCUGUAUCGGGAAGCAUCUUGGACCUUUGCAGAAGUUAGAGAUGCAGUGUCCCCUUUCUUAAAGGGGUUCUGUUUUUUUGUUUUUUUUUUUUUUAAAUAACAAACAAACAAAAACAAAGACAAAAAAUCAUUUUUAUUUCUGCAGUGGCAUAGCAUCUGUUAAAAUAUACUUAGAAUUACAAAUUUGUCUCAAAAGCUUUUUAACAAUUGGUGAAAUGUGCUUAUUCAAUAGAGCAUCCCAACAGGAUCGUUCCCAUAUACUUCUGACGUGGUCCAGCCUUUCCCAAAUGAAUAGCUCUCUUUACGUGAAGGAAGUUUUAUUUGUAUUUUACUACUGCUUGGUCAAUUUUGAUAAUAAUUGGUUACAAACAAAGUCUUACUAUUUAUUAGUGGGGAAAUGAUUUUAAGAUAGUUCUUUCCUUUCAGUACAUAAUUCUAAGUGAUCCUCACUCCUAAUUCAUUUUGGAUUCUUUCUCUUUGGGAAAAUGCUGUUUUACUAAUGUAAAACUGUUGGAUAUAGCUGGAACCUGGAUAGAAAAAAAAAAGUUUCCUUUUUCAUUGUGUCUUUUUAUUCUAAUGAUCUAAAGCUGGCACCUUCAGGCACAUUUGUCUCCAAUAGCCAUUGCUGUUUUUAUUGCCCUUCUAAGAUCCUUGUCUUCAGCUGGGUCAGAGAAAACUGCUUGGCUCAACUGGUCAGAACUCAUCACAGAAAUGAAACUCAGUGGUCGGUCUCUCAGAACUGGUCGCAGCUAGAGAGAUUUGACUGCUCGCAGUAGGACGGUGGACUUAGUGACUGACACUGCAACUUGCCCUUUUUCUUGGCAUUACAGGUUUUGCCAAAAGAACUUUUUUGUAUCAAAUAUUGAUGUGUGAAAAGUGAAGGAGCUGGUUUGCCGAACCAGGAGUAGUUUGAGAUACUGAACUGUCAUUUUUGCACAUUUGAAUACUUGGCAGGCUGGCUUUGUAUAAACUUACCCUCUGGUUUCCUAUAUGUUGUAAAUAUUUAGACCAUAAUUUCAUUAUAAAUAAAUGUAUAAAUACUCUG